AUGACUUCACUGGUCCAUCACGACGAUAUGACCGUCGCGCACAGAGCUGCAAAGUGUAUCGCAUUGCUACACUUUGCUCUGCGAAAGUAUCGAGAGGUGCGCGAGUUCGCGCAAGCAUAUAUGUAUUGGACGCUGCUUGCGAAUGGCACCGAUGAGAAGGACAGCUCCGAUGAAGAUGCGAAUGGGAUUAGUGAAAUUGGGGAAAUGUAA